CCAUCUUCCAGGCCUUUUCCCACUCACCGUCGCUGCAUCUCUCUGUAACCAGCCCGGAACCCUAACCCACUUUCCCCUCUCUAUAAAAUCCCAUUCCAGCCACUAAUUUUACCGAGGAGAAGUCUACAAUGGCGUCCGAACUGCUGCCCAAGCCGAAGGACAGCCAGGGAAACAUCAUCCUCGGCCGCUAUGAGCUCGGAAAGCUCCUUGGUCAUGGCACCUUCGCCAAAGUCUACCACGCGAGGAACCUCAAAAGCGGCGAGUCCGUCGCCAUUAAAGUCCUUGAUAAGGAGCGCAUCCUCAAGAGCGGCCUCGUUGCUCACAUCAAGCGCGAGAUUGCCAUCCUACGCCGUGUUCGGCACCCUUACAUCGUCCAGCUCUUCGAGGUCAUGGCCACCAAGACCAAAAUCUAUUUCGUCAUGGAGUAUGUUCGAGGUGGCGAGCUCUUCGGGAAGGUCGCGAAGGGGCGGCUCAAGGAGGACACGGCUAGAAGAUAUUUUCAGCAGCUUAUCUCCGCUGUCGGAUUCUGCCACGCACGCGGUGUUUUCCACCGCGAUCUCAAGCCGGAAAAUCUUCUCCUCGACGAUCAAGGAGAUCUCAAAGUAUCUGAUUUUGGGCUCAGCGCAGUCUCGGAACAGAUCCGGCAGGAUGGACUCUUCCACACGUUUUGUGGAACGCCGGCUUACGUUGCGCCUGAGGUGCUCGCGAGGAAGGGAUACGAUGGUGCUAAGGUGGAUGUAUGGUCUUGCGGUGUCAUUCUGUUCGUUCUAAUGGCCGGGUAUCUUCCAUUCCAUGACCAGAACGUCAUGGUGAUGUAUCGGAAGAUCUACAAAGGGGAAUUCCGAUGCCCUAGGUGGUUCUCUUCCGAAUACCAAGCUUCUUCCGAUCUUACCAAGCUUCUAUCGCGCCUAUUGGACACCAAUCCACAGACUCGAAUUACAAUUCCUGAGAUCAUGGAGAAUCGCUGGUUCAAGAAGGGUUUCCGCCAUGUGAGAUUCUAUAUCGAGAACGACGAAGUUCACAGCCUAGAUGAGCCACCCCCGGAGCCAUACGAUGACACAUCAGAUUCCGGAUGCGAGUCCGAUUCCUCUGUUGCUUCAUGUCCUGAAAUCACAUUCACGGAAAAGCGGAAGCUAGGGUUGCCGAGGCCAGCGAGCCUGAACGCCUUUGACAUUAUAUCAUUCUCUCAAGGUUUCGAUCUUUCUGGAUUGUUUGAAGAGAGAGGUGAGGCUACAAGAUUUCUUUCCAGCGAGCCUGUGCCAAAGAUUAUAUCGAAGUUGGAGGAGAUUGCUAAGGUGGUGAGCUUCACUAUGAGGAAGAAGGAUUGCAGGGUCAGCUUGGAAGGGACUAGGGAGGGGGAAAAGGGGCCACUUACAAUCGCUGUGGAGAUAUUUCAGCUUACCCCAAUAUUGGUAAUGGUUGAGGUUAAGAAGAAGACAGGUGAUAGAAGGGAAUAUGAGGAAUUUUGCAAUAAGGAGCUGAAACCUAAAUUGCAGCCACUCAAGUUUGGGUCCGCUUCUCUCACCAAUAUCGUUUCUGAAUCUGAAGAGGACUCUGAGAGAGAUUGACUGAGGUACUUGGAGACUUUCUUUGUUGCUUCCGUCGGUCCGUUGCCCCAGCGAGCUCCGUCGUGACUGGCGCGUCGCCGUAGCAAGCUCCAUUGUGAUUUCUUAACGUUUUGUUGAUCGGCGGCGCAAAACGAUUUUGAGGGGGGCGGCAGCGGGAACUCAUGCUAGGCAUGUAGGAUGAGAUAUGAUGGAUGGCAUUUGGGGUAAGUGUUAUUUGGAUAAUAUUUAAAUUUUGAAGUGAUAUUUAAUAAAUAAUG